UCAUGAAUAUACAUUUUUUGGAUGUUCUGUAUAAUUUGGCUUUUUUCUGUACAUUUAUGUAUACUGUUGUAUACUUUGUUCUGUCAAUUAAAAAAAAAAAAAAAAAAAAACGAAGUAUGUGCAUGUGGUGGGCGUGUCUUCCAACAUAACGUCACGCGUAGAACUGGCGCAGCUCAGCUCAGCCGUUCGUCUGUUGCUAGGAUACCGUGGACGCUCCCAGUUCCGGAGUUUAAUGAAUUGGAUAUUUAUUUGUUUAUUUUUAUUUUCUGUGGAUGAGUUAUUAUGGCAAAAUCACCGACUGAAAUGGUAACGCUGCCUUCCUCUGGACGCUGGACCUGCAACGAUCAAACACUGAGCCUGGAGUUCAUCAGUUUCGAAGCCCAAGAAGAGGAGAAAGAGCAGAAAAAUCAAAAAUCAUCUGCAUACCAAGAGCAAAUCAGACAGUAUCUGGAGAAGUGGCAAAAGAAUACUGCGACACCCGCUCAACUGGACGCCUUCAAGACCUCAAUAAAACGCUCACAAAAGGCACAUGUCACAAUUCAGGAUGUUAAAUUGGCAGCGGUCUGUUUGCUGCAGGAGAACGAGGGCUAUCCCAUACCUCCACGCUUCUUAACACUGCUCAAGAGCAAAGAGAUGGAUGUGUUUCUUGCCAAUCUCCUGCUCUACUCCUCCUGCUUCUUUGAGAAGAAAACUCUGGAGAAAAAACCAAAGUCUCUCAUGGGAGAGGACAGCGACACCGAGCGGCGGAUGACGGCAGACACGUGUGCUCACAGGCUGGAUCUGGCACAGAAGCAGCUCGCCCUCUCGUACUCCAGCCUGCUGCUGGGAGAAGCUCCGUCUCAACAGCGCCUCGUGGCUUGUGACAGGUUCAAGGUGUCGUCCACUCACAGUGACAUUCAGCUAGAUGAGUGUCUCUACAGCUUUUACAGCUAUGCUGUAUGGGUGACCUUUGAGAGGCGGGACCUGAAGGUCAUCCAGCGGGAGAUUGGACGCUUGUUCCGCUCAGAUAGCUUUAACCCCGCCCUGAAUGAACCAGGUGAUCAGUCUGAGUCUACGGAGCCUCAACGAACAGCACUGAACAACAGGAAGUCAGAGCGGCGUCUGGCUCUGAACAAGAUUCUAACCCAGUGUUCGCCUCUGAUGGUCUCCCUGCUGCCCACUCCACAAGAGAAUGCCCCGCACCUGUUUGGGGGCUUCAGACGUGGUGAACGGCCCUCGACUGAAGGCUGUGAUUCAGAGGAUCUUAUGGAGGGGCUGAAACAGCAGCUAAAGUCUCUCAGCUUUGGCAUUCUUGGAAAGCCUUUGAGCCAGUUCAGCUCGAAGACACUGAAGCCUCAGGAAGGCCAGAGUGAAGAUGAGGAAGAUGAGGGUGAUGAGGGUAAUGACGGCGAGGUGGAGAACCCUGACCCACAAGUACACAUCAGGAGUAGGAAAACCUCUGUUACGGGCCAAAGAUCACUGACCACAACUGCAGACGGACACAUCUGCUCUAGGCGCGAUGACUUAGCCUCCAGAGCAACCACUGAAGCAGUGUCCUCAGACACAGAAUAAAUACAAAGUUCUGUCAUGAUGGCGCAGACUGUUACAGUAGGUCUUUAACUUGAUCUGUUUGCAAUCACAUCAUUCUCUAUAGGGCACAGCUGAUUGGUUCCCGCUGUAUCAGUAGCCAAUUAGCUUGCUGCUCAACAUUCAAAUACUUGCCUCUCGUUUGCUGUAGCAGUUGCUGUACCCUUUCAGAAACCCUCCACCUUCCCCAGCUCCAGCUCUGCUACUGGUAAUUCAUGUAUGCUAUAUUGUACAGCAGCAGCAUGUCUAAAGCCCGGGAUACACUGCACGAUUUUUGGCUGUCCCAGACAAAAGAUUGCCAUCGUGAAACAAUCGUGGCGAUUUCUGUGAUCGUGGCUUUUAAUCGGUGGUCCUAUGUCUGACAGUGAGAGAGGUUCAAAGACGGCCGUUUUCCCAGUCUUGAGACCAAAGAUAGUCUAUGAUCAUUUUCUGACAGUGUCAGAAAUUCAGCAUGAUCAUCGCAGUGUGUAUUUGCUGCUACGACCUACGUCUACUGACCAGCCAAUAAAAAUGCGACAUGAAAUCAAAGCGACAUGGUGCUAAAACUUAAAACUGCUUACCUCAAGCUCUUUUCCCUUCUUCUUUCGCCGCUCCCUUUUUAUUUUCAGCACAAAUAAAAACUACAACUGCCAAAGUGUGAUUCAAUUUGGUGUUUUGUUUACCACUAGCGCAUGCUGAAGACGUUUUAUUCUUCUAUAUAAAACUUGCAUCGUAGCCUACGAGUCAACAGGUGUCAUCAUCAUACAGUCUACAUGCAUGUCGUACCUAAGUUUAGUGGAUCCAUGUCACACAGUGUGAUAAAGUAAUGAUCUUAUAGGAUUGCUAAAAUCAUGCAGUGUAUCCCGGGCUUUACUUGCUCACAGCAGUGUGUCGAGUGUGUACUAGCAGUGGAAAGUUCCAUACUUGUUUAGCAGCAGCAGACCAAACACAUUAACAUUGUUAUAUUUGUUACCAAGCCAAACUCUCAGAGAGUUGUCAUGACAGAAAUGCAGUACUUCAGUCAAAGUGCCUUUUGUGUUUUUAUAUCUUUUUCACUCAGAUAUACAGCACCAUUCGGAAGAAAAGACUAGUGCACUGUCCAAUUCAUGCAGAGUUUAAAAAUCAAAGCAGGAUUAUUUAUUGUCUGACACUGUUUACUACGCCAAGCUCUCUCGCAUUUGUUCAUUAGGGCGAGACAUUGCAUUGAGAAUUCACUUAGACUGAUCUGGUUCCAGCAGGUAGCUUCACAGUUAACGGCUCAUUAUAGUGCCAUCAUUGUACAGUUGAAUGUACAUGCCUAAAGAAAUGUUUUGCAUUUCUUUUACAAUCCUUUUUGAAUUUGGCACAUAAUGUGUGCUAUAAUGGGAAAUCCAAAUAAAAAACACUGUCCAAUAGCGACACCGCAGGUAAAGUUACAGCAGGAGUCGCAUCUCUCUUGCCUCCCCUGAGCCCACUGAGUUUUAAAGGGAACCCCUGGUGUUAAGACUUGUAUGGCUUAAUAUAACGUAAAUGAUGUGUCUUACUGAAAUAUGUAGUAGAAAACCCAUGAAAGAUUUACGUUAUUUAAAAAAUCCAUGACAUAUUUGGACAAUGCCAUUUUGUUUAGGUGCACAGUGCAUUCUAUAAUUCUAAUAUAUAUAUUCAUUUUAUUGUCAUCUUGCACAUGAAUCUGCUUUUUUAUAGCAUCUUCUAUAGCAUCUUCUAAAAUACAUAUGUGAUAUCUUGUUAUAUAAUUAGCAUCAAAAAGCAAUAUAAUGCUUAU